AUGCAGAAUGCUUCCACAAGGGAGAAAUUCAACAGGUACGGGACGGGAAGUACCUGCUGCUUUGGGAUCACGUGCCUCGGAGGGGAGGAGGCGGCGGCGGCGCUGUCGUCGUCGCGGGAGAGCGACUGCUGGGUCAGAGCGAAGGUGCUUGGCCGACAGCGCGGAGCAGGGGCAAACAAGCCUGGUGUCUCUCUCUCCCAGGACUUUCUUGCAGCAGAAGAACUACUUGAAGAACUACCUUUGGGAAGUCGCUGCAGUACAGGCAGAAGUUGGUGCCAGCAGCCUUUCUCCUGCGGCAGUGGGGACUUCCUCCCCUCAUCCUGUCCCUCUCCUGGCUGGAGAGGUUCCUCCACUGACAACAGUACUGCGGGGUCUACAGCGGCGCCAUCCACUUCUUCCAAAGGCCUCUCGAAGGCGGAACUGGAAGCUGCCAUAGCUGUGCCGUGUGUUUUUAUAGGCCUCCUGCUAAUUGGCCUUUUGGUUUUCAUGGGACUCAAAAUUCGGGAGAAGCGCCAGACAGAAGGGACCUAUCGGCCCAGCAAUGAGGAACAGGCAGGUACCCGGGUGGAACCGCAGACCAACCUCAAGCUGCCUCCAGAAGAGCGACUUAUCUGACAGAGGGAAAAAGAACUCAAUUUUGGUGUGCUUAGCACACUGGACUAAAAAAAAAAAAAAAAAAGACUGAGGAACGGACCUGUGAAACUAAAAGACCCCCAGUAUGAAUGGUUGGCAGCAUUUCCAGCUGGCUGGCUAGCUGUGAAUAGCUGUCAGCAGAGAAGUCCUAAAUGCCAGAAAGAGGAUUUGAAGGCAGCCCGGGAGCUGUGAGACCCGGUAGAGAUGCAAGAUGGGAUCCUGCUCUCUGCACCCAGAAAGAAAAGGCCCACCCUGAUGCUGUGGGAACUGACCGUGCUGGUUGGAUACCCUCUGUUUUCACUGUCCUCAAGGACAAGUCGUCCGUCGUCUUCUUCCUAGACAAAGAUUGACUGUGCAGCCAGUGGGAACGGCUGAAGGGAGAAGGAUAGGAAGGCUGCUGCCUUGGCCCGACUGGUGGAUUCUGGGAGGGGAUUUUGCUUUUCAAGUGUGGGCUUUUUUUAAGUGUGUGUUGUCCUCUGCUUUUAAGAAUACCACUUUCUAAUAAAAGGCAAUCUCCCUUUUUUGUUGAGGGAAAAACAUGGCACCACUUCAUGAACUCUGUGGUGGGGAAGGGGUUAAUGAAACUCAGUUGCUCGGUAGAAAGUUUAAUCUGAAAUGAUCUCAAUGCAUAAAUGGAGGACAUCACUCACACCAAGCAAUAAAAUGAAGGAAACCA